CUCAAUUCGCCCAUCUCGCCCUUUGCUUGCAGGUACGUGGGAAAUCUGUCCAGGGAUGUCACAGAGCCUCUAAUUCUGCAGGUCUUCACGCAAAUAGGACCCUGCAAGAGCUGUAAAAUGAUUGUCGAUACAGCUGGAAAUGAUCCAUACUGCUUUGUGGAAUUCUAUGACCACAGGCAUGCUGCUGCCUCACUGGCAGCCAUGAAUGGAAGGAAAAUAAUGGGUAAGGAAGUCAAAGUCAACUGGGCCACGACGCCAACCAGCCAGAAAAAAGACACGAGUAAUCACUUUCAUGUCUUUGUUGGAGACCUCAGUCCAGAAAUCACCACAGAAGAUGUCAAAGCCGCCUUUGGUCCCUUUGGCAGAAUAUCAGAUGCCCGGGUCGUGAAAGACAUGGCCACAGGGAAAUCUAAAGGCUAUGGCUUUGUGUCUUUCUUCAACAAAUGGGAUGCCGAGAACGCCAUCCAGCACAUGGGGGGUCAGUGGUUAGGAGGCAGACAGAUUCGAACCAACUGGGCCACGAGAAAGCCCCCCGCCCCGAAGACCACCUAUGAAAAUAACUCCAAGCACCUGUCCUUUGACGACGUGAUGAGCCAGUCCAGCCCCAGCAACUGCACCGUGUACUGCGGCGGCGUCAGCACAGGACUCACAGAGCAACUGAUGAGACAGACCUUCUCCCCGUUUGGACAGAUCAUGGAGGUCCGAGUUUUUCCAGACAAAGGCUACUCGUUUGUGAGGUUUAAUUCCCACGAGUCGGCGGCGCACGCCAUCGUCUCCGUGAACGGCUCCUCAAUAGAAGGCCACGUGGUGAAAUGCUACUGGGGAAAAGAGACCCCCGACAUGAUGAACUCCAUGCAGCAGAUGUCCAUGCCCCAGCAGCAGCAGAACAAGAUCGGCUUCGCGGCGGCCCCGCCGUACGGCCAGUGGGGCCAGUGGUACGGCAACGGCGCCCAGAUCGGCCAGUACGUCCCCAACGGGUGGCAGGUGCCCACCUACGGCGUCUACAGCCAGGCCUGGAACCAGCAGGGCUUCAAUCACUUACCGGCCAGUGCUGGGUGGACUGGCAUGGGCGCCAUCAGUAACGGUGGGGUUAUGGAGCCCACACAGGGAUUGAAUGGGAGUAUGCUAGCCAACCAGCCGGGGAUGGGAGCCGCAGGAUACCCCACACACUGA